AUGCGCCAGCGUGCCCUGGCACCAACGCUGGCGCCAAGACUGUUACCUCGCAACUCCGCGCACCGCUGCGAGCAAGGAACCACGCCGUCCGCCGCACCGAUGCUCUUGUCUUGUUUCACAGCGCAAGCGCCAGCUACCGGUCCAGCUGGGCGGCCUCCGCGGCCAGUCCCCGCGUCACGGGUCGUAUUUGCUGCACGCGGAGCCAGCGCCGCCCGCCGCCGCCCGGUAGUACCGGUUGCCGCAGAACCCGGGCCGCCCGCCCUGCGCCGCCGCCUCCGCGGCCGCGAGGUCGUCGUCCGCGGCGAGCUUCGUGAUGUCCUGCGGGCACGUCGACACGGGGCGUGCGGCUCUGCGUUACGCCCUUUACCAGCGACCGACGCAAGCGACGCUCCGCUGCCAGGGCGGGCCGCGCACCGUGCCCUGUCCGUACGUGAGCCCGCCCGCCGUCUGCCGCGCCACGGGCGCGCUCGCCGCCCGCCCGUACAUUCCGUUCUCGUCCAUGCCCGCGCCUAUGAGGCCCGACAGGACGAUCGAAAUGGUCGCGAGCGUCGCGCCGGAGCCGAUCAGGGUGGACUUGAGCCGCCGGAGCGUCGGCCUGACCUCGUAGUUGCCCAGGAGGCGGUCCCGCGCGAGGACCUCGGGGGGCUUGACGAAGGUCUGUCCGUCAUACCACCCCGUCUCCUCAUAGUCGACGGUCGCGGAGAGGAGGCGGUUACCGAUGUAGGACCACCCGAGGUAGAUGCGCGUGACGGCGACCGCGACGACCAGCGACGCGCCGGUCGCGCCUGCGGAGCCAGUGGGGCGCGCGGUGGGCGGGGCGUAGGGCACGGGGCCUCCGCGGGCGGUGGGGGGCGGAGGAGGGCCGAGGGGUGGGUUUCCCGGCGGUGGUGGAUCGGAGGGAGGGGCUGCGACGCGGCUCGGCGCGAGGAGGGGCGCGCGCGGGGCGAUCCGCGGCGCGGUGGGGAGGCGCAGGCAGCGGGUGGUGCGUGGGGGCGCGUGGGGGGCGCGUGGCGCGGGCGCGGGGCGCGCGCGGCGCGGUCCAGCGCACCUGAGAGGAAGAACUCGACGGGAUUGACCGCGGGGUCGAACGUCUGGUACGAGAUGGGGGCGCCCACGAGCGUGAAGAAGACGACCCACAAGACGGCCAGCCGCGUCAAGUACUGCGGGGUCUCGAGCGUCGCCCACUUGUACAGCCCGCCUUCCUUGAGCUCCUUCAGCUGGUUCACGGGCCGCUGGUCGCUCGGCACGGCCACCUCUAGCGACUCGUCGAGCCCGGGUGUAGGAGGGCCGCUGGCCGCGAGCCUGGGCAGGCGCCGGACGGCGGGCCGCCGGAGGCUCGCGGGGCGAAAAUGCGUGCAGAGCGGCUUGCCGAUGGCCUGCAUGCCGGUGCACGCGCGGCGGUCGGGGCCCGAAAGAGCGCGAGCUGGGCGGCAGCGGGUCCAGAGAGGAUGCGGGUGCGGGCUAGGCUGCGGAGGUGGGGCGCUCGAGGGGACGUCCCGCGCGAUGGGUGACGCGAUGCAGCCUCGGUGCGCAGUGUGA